AUGGCAUCACCAAUUGACCUUCGCUGCAGUAAUUUUGAUGUUAGUCAAUUGCGAGAUAUUUCAUAUCAAUGUGGAAAAGAGUUAACAUGUUUUUUCCAAAAUAUUGUGGCUGAUAACGAAACGCAAUUUGUUUACCCUCCCGAUCGGUAUCAACUGUCAUAUAAAUGCAUCGGCUUUUUUAAUUCAACGGUCCAUCAACUGCCUAUUGAUAUUUUCCAACAUUAUCCGAACGCUGAAAUUUUGUAUGCUGCAAAUUUAGGAUUGAAAACGUUAAGUCGAGCACUUUUUGAAAACGCAAACAGACUGGUUGAUGUUCAUUUGGAGGGAAAUAAUUUGACGGGAUUAGACGAAUUUCUAUUUCAUGGAGCAGUCAACCUUCGUCGAAUCGUUCUUUCCAACAAUCAAAUAACGACAAUGGGCAAAGAUACUUUUAAGAAGAUGAUAGUUAAGUCUUUAAAUGCCUUUGACAAUCCAUAUCAAAGAAAAUUGGAAGAAAUCGACUUGUCAAACAAUCAGCUCAUGGAUUUAGAGUACGAGACGUUUUCUCAGCUCAAUUCAUUGAAGAUUUUAUUGCUUGCACACAACAACAUUAAGCUUAAAUUCGGACUAUUUCCAGUUCUUCUUAAGAAGCUUGAUUUAUCGUAUAAUCAAUUAAGAGAUUUCACAUUACGUCAAUUAAUAAAUUCACAAAUGCUGGAGGAAUUGAAACUCAAUGGAAACUUCUUUGAAAAUGCAAGCAUUGAAUAUAUUUUCCCGGAAGCAAUUUUUCAACUAAUGCACAUUUACCGAUUCGAACUAUCAGAUUGUUUCACAUGCAUGCAUUUAGCUGACAUAUUUUCGAAGCAACUUGAGCAAAAGGUUGAUAAUUGA